AUGUUCGAGGUCGACGACGCAGAACAACCCUGGACCUUCCCCGAGAACCACUUCGACUACAUCCACACGCGCAUCAUGAUUGGAUGUCUGCACAACUGGGAUAAGUUCUACGAACAGGCUUUCAAACAUCUCAAACCCGGCGCCUGGCUCGAAUCCCAAGAAAUGUCCCUCGACCCCCUAUCCGCCACGCCGCUCCCCGCCGACUCCGCCGUCAAGAAAUGGUGCGAUACCUGCGAGGACGGCAUGCAGAAGAUCGGGUUGUCCUUGAAGCUUCGAUCGCUGGAGGAGCAGAAGGAGAAUGGCGGCAUAGGCUACGACCUCCGCGCCAAACUCUCCACACGAAUUCCGCAUCCCCAUCGGCACCUGGCCCACCGAUCCCAAAGUGCGCGAAGUGGGCACCUUUCAGCUCGUCGCCAUGCUUCAUGGUCUGCAUGGCUUGACUAUCGCGCUCUAUUCCAGGGUGCUGGGCUGGACGGAGGAGGAGGUGCAGGUGUUUUUGGUGGGCGUUAG